CUACUCCACAUACACAUCCCAACUUCUUCCCCGCCAUGUGGACUUUUCUUUUUCCUACUUUCUCUCUCUGCAUUCUCUCUUACACCUGUCUUUAUCUGAAAAAUAACCGAUGAGCUCGUCGCCGUCAAGAAAUCCAACGAACGCCGAAGCACCUCCGCCACCACCAACAUCGACGGAUGCUGUGGCAGAGGGUUCGUCUAAGAAAGUGAGGAAACCAUAUACCAUCACCAAGUCAAGAGAGAGCUGGACAGAGGAAGAGCACGAUAAGUUUCUUGAAGCACUUCAACUGUAAUAAUUUAUCUCUGUUUCUCUGUUUUUAGAGACUUCAAAUUUCUUAGUUUGCUGCUGAUUUCUGAGUUUAGUUAGUUAUAGACUGAACAAACAGAGGAAAGUUUAUGUUACUUAGCUUAGGUCUAGUAGUAACUUAGCUAUAAAAAAUCUGCUUAGCUAAAAAGAUCUGCUUCUUGGAGCACUUCAACUGUAAUAAAUUUAUAGUUGUGUUGACUUUUUGAAAGUGUUAUUGAUGUAACUAGGACCUGAUUCUGCUGAUACUACUACUCCUCUAUGUUCCUUAGGUUUGAUCGUGACUGGAAGAAGAUUGAAGAUUUUGUUGGUUCAAAGACUGUGAUUCAGAUAAGGAGUCAUGCUCAAAAAUACUUUCUCAAGGUUCAGAAAAACGGGACAUUAGCUCAUGUGCCACCUCCUCGACCUAAGCGCAAAGCAGCUCAUCCGUAUCCUCAAAAGGCAUCAAAGAACGCUCAAAUGCCACUUCAAGUUUCCACGUCUUUUACUACUACGCGAAAUGGCGACAUGCCGGGAUAUGCUUCAUGGGAUGAUGCCUCAAUGCUGCUAAACAGAGUUAUUUCACCACAACAUGAACUUGCUACUCUUCGUGGAGCAGAAGCUGAUAUUGGAUCAAAGGGCUUAUUAAAUGUUAGUAGCCCUUCUACAUCUGGCAUGGGAAGCUCAAGCCGAACAGUAUCAGGUUCUGAGAUUGUAAGAAAGGCUAAACAGCCUCCAGUGCUUCACGGUGUUCCUGAUUUUGCUGAAGUUUAUAAUUUCAUUGGGAGUGUCUUUGAUCCUGAAACGAGAGGCCAUGUGGAAAAGCUCAAGGAAAUGGAUCCUAUAAAUUUCGAAACUGUUCUGUUAUUGAUGAGAAACCUCACAGUUAACUUAUCAAACCCUGAUUUAGAAUCCACUAGGAAAGUCCUCUUAUCAUAUGACAACGUGACGACCGAGCUCCCAAGCGUUGUUUCCCUUGUCAAGAACUCAACAAGCGACAAAUCAGCAUAACAAAAAUAUGAGCCAUCAGCUAGCAAGUAAGUGUUUUUCCCUCUUUUUCCUCUGACCUUUUAAAUUCAGUACAAGAAAACAUUUCACUACUAUUAGAAGUCACAUGAGUUCAUGGUUAGAUAUAAGUCUAGUGACAGUUCUCUAACUCUAAGGUUUGCAAUAAGAGUUCUAUAGUUAGUCACAGUCUGGGAUACAAGAUAUAUACACUACGGUAUUUUGAGUAUUAGCACCAGUUCAGGCUUCUUGCAAACUUUGUAAAGUCUUGCAUAAGAGUUAUAUGGUUCUCACCGUAUUGGCAGGUUUACUCAUUGGUUUCCCAUGUUUAAUAAACUUUGGUGUUAUACGUCACUGGAAUCACAAUCGUGUCACUGCAUCAUCAUGUGGGAAUUGUGUAAAAGGUCUUUGUUGUUUUGAGGAGAAACAUAAGCCAAGUUUUGAAGCUAUAGGGGGCUUCCGCAGAUUUUGACCAGGACUAGUUGGGUGAAUGGUAGGUAUAAUAUAUGUAAGGGGUUUUUCUACUAGUUGCAAGACAGCCUCAUUCUCAUCCACCCGUUACUCUUGUACUAAAAUCUCGUCAUAACUUUUUGUUCAGUUGUUGUGUAUUUGUGUAAAAGAUAAGUCCUAGGACUGAGUGUAAUGGUUCAAGAUCAGUGUUAAGUAAAUGACGGCAACUCUAUUGUUUUAAAGUUGACAGCUUUCUUUAUAUAUUAUGGGGUUUGAUUCAGAAUUUUGUUUUUAAUAAGGA